AUGGUACCAAAACUUCUGCCCAGCAUUGACAAUAACGAAUUAUAUUACGACGAAAACAAUAUUAACGAGGCUAUAGAGAGAGAAGAGCGACAUGAUCAAUGGAUGAUUCUGCUGGAGAGUAUACAAUAUUUGAUAAUGGGACUGCUUAUUAGUCUUAUCCUUGAAGGGCUUAUUGUGGCUAUUAUCUUGUAUGUUAGGAGCGGCAUAUCGGCAAAGAAUAAAGAGAGUGACUGCAGUAGCAAUGCAGAGGGUUUAUCAGCAGCAGUAUUGGACAGCUCCAACCUAUACCCAAUAUUGAAUUUAGCGGGAGAAAACAGAAAUAUGUACCUAAAACCUUUGAACUCUGAUAAGCUUUUGCAAUUAAACGACAAUGGUGAUAUUGUGAAAUCUGAUAAUCGAACAAGAUACUCAAUGGCUGAUGAGGAGCUCGCCAAGAAUACUACAGACCUAAUUCACGUUAGCGCAGGCCAUAUUCGCUCAAGGGAGCUGAGCUUGGACUAUAUGGCACUGCAAAAUACAUCAAAGUGCUAA